AGAAACUUACCAUCUGCUGCCAUACCUCAGGGAACCUGCGCUCAUCAGCAAAUCUCUUUCCAAACCCGGAUUCAGGAAGGGGGGAAAGAUCAGAGGUGAACUCCUGCAGCAGUCUGAGCCAAAUCAAAGUUCGGCGUUGCGUAAUAUCUUGAUAACGUUUGUUUCAUUAUAUCUGCUUCCUGUUUAUCCGGUGUUGUGGCUGGAUUUCUAUGGGUUUUUUUUUUUUUUUUGCUACAUUGAGGACAGUAAACAGUGAAGUGAAGCGUAUAAAAAGGAGAAGUGUGUUAGAGCAAGCUGCAGCAGUCAUACUGGCAGGCUAUAUUGGGCCGAAUGCAGCUGGUAGUAAAUGAGAUUCACAUGACGAGCCGCCGAGCAGAUGUAACAGGAAACAAGACUUCUCCUUUAACAGAGAGUCCGUCCGCUGGGUGUCAUUUGUUCCUGGGACGUUAGCAACUCACUCAUUGAUCCCGUCAAGGAUGCAUGACGGGUUGAGUUCAGUUUUGCUCCUGGCAGCUGUGAUCCUCUGCUGCUCUUCAUCGGCCACAAACAGAUUGUGGGACGACUGGAGAACUCAACAUGGCAAAGCUUACGACAAUCAAACCGAGCUGAACUUCAGGAGAACAGUGUGGGAGAAAAACCUGCUGUUGUUGCUGAGACACAACCAGGAGGCUUCAGCAGGAAAACACAGCUUCACUCUGGGGCUGAAUCAUCUCGCUGACAUGACGGCCGAGGAGGUUAAUGAGAGGCUGAACGGUUUGAAGGUGGAGGAGCUUCUGGAUCUCAGGAAUGACACGUUCAGAGACGCAAAUGACUCAUCACUUCCUGCAAGCGUCGACUGGAGGUCAAGCGGACUGGUCGGUCCCGUAAGAAACCAGGGUUUGUGCGGCUCAUGCUGGGCCUUCAGCGCUCUGGGAGCUCUAGAGGGGCAGAUGAUGAAGCGAAUGGGCAUCCUCGUGAUGCUGAGUCCACAGAACCUGGUGGACUGCAGCGCUAAGGAGGGAAACCUCGGCUGCAGGGGAGGAUACAUCACCAAGGCCUUCAGCUACAUCAUUCACAACGGAGGCGUUGACUCAGAGAGCUCGUACCCCUACGAACACAAGAAUGGAAAAUGCCGCUACUCGCUCCAGGGCAAGGCGGCUCACUGCUCCAACUUUCACGUCCUUCCACCGGGGAACGAGUUGGCUCUGCAGGCUGCGGUGGCAUCAGUGGGACCAGUUGCCGUGGCUGUGAACGCCAUGCUGCCCUCGUUCCAUAUGUACAAAGGAGGUUUAUACAACGCACCUGACUGUAACCCACAGCUAAUCAAUCACGCUGUGUUGGUUGUGGGCUACGGCACAGACGGAGGACAGGACUACUGGCUAGUUAAAAACAGCUGGGGAACGACUUGGGGAGAAGGUGGAUUUAUCCGGAUUGCGAGGAACAAGAAAAAUCUCUGCGGAAUCGCGACGUUAGGAGUCUACCCAACGCUGUGAAGUCAACUGAGAUUUAUUCUGUUUUAAUUUUAUGUUGCUGGUUUUUGAAAGAAGCACACUGUGCUGUCAUAGCACUACAGAAUCUACUAACCACACACUGCUGGUUCAAAAGGUUCUAAAGGCCAAUAUAAUAUAUUUUUAAAGUGCUGCAGGUGGGAGCACUGGGUUCAAAUCCUGCUCUGGGGUCUUUCUGCAGGUGGUUUCCAUGUUUCUCCUCUGCAUGAGUCGGUUUUCUUCAUGUAUUCCAGCUUCCUCCCACAAAAAAAACAUGUUAGGUUAAUUGUUCUUUCUAAAAUAAGAUGUGAGUGUUUGUGUGUAUUUGUGAUGGCGACUUGUCCAGCUCCCCUCAGCCCUGCAAGGACCAGUGGCUGUGGACGAUGAGUGAAUGUUAGCUUUACAACUGAACUGCUAAAAUGCUCUGCAGAUGGAACAGAUGGAAUAUUCAAUUAUCAAUUAUAAAAUUAAUAUCUGGACUCUAUAAAACAGGACCAUUAAAUUUUACAGAUUUUGUUUUUACAUUUUCCAAAUUCAAAAUUUUGAUGUGAACAGUUGUUAUGUUUCAGGAAUGACAAUUUUCCCAACACAGGGCUAUCUCUAAAUACAGAUAAAAUGCUACAAAAGGUUGAGAGUAAGUAUUUGAGUUUUUGAGGAAUGGUUUUUUUUUAUUAAAUUAUUUUGCAUACGAGGAACUCACAAAAACUAGUCCCUACUGACAAGAAACCUCCCUGUUUGCCUUUAUUUAUACAAACCCAUCAGUUUAGAUCCAGACCACAAUGUAAUUUAUAGAGAUUUCAUCUGAUAUACAAACACAAAGUAGCACAUUAUUGUGAAGUCAAACGAAAAGAAUACAUUGUUUUAAAAAA